GCGCCAAGAUCCCUCCUCCGAAAAUGAGCUUCAUUUUACCGGAGUAGACCAAGUGGAUAGAGUGCGGAGAAAUGUGCAACUAGCUUCUGAAUAAACUACUCAUACGGAGUACAGUCUACAGACAGCCAUUCCGGAUCUCAAGAUUUUGUAAUGUUUACUUAAGACUUAACCACCAAUCCCCCAGUUUACUACUGUAAUCGCCUCCAGAAGAUCGAGCUUAAGAGCUCCGGAUCAAAUCGCUAGAACAAGCUCGCAAGCAGACGAGAUCUGCGAUAGCAAAGUACAGAAGAACAUGGUGAGAGUUCAUGGAGGUCUGGUGAUAAUAAUCCUCAUCCUGCUCCUGCAGUGGUGUGAGCUCCCUCGGAGGGCGCAUGGCAGGUGCGUGGUGUUCAACUUCGGCGACUCCAACUCCGACACGGGCGCCUUCACGGCCGCCUACGGCCUCUACCUCGGCCCGCCCGCCGGCCGCCGCUUCUUCCACCGCACCACCGGCCGCUGGUCCGACGGCCGCCUCUACAUCGACCUCCUAGCCGAGAAGCUGGGGAUCGCCUACCUCAGCCCGUACCUCGAGUCCUCCGGCGCCGACUUCACCGGCGGCGUCAACUUCGCCGUGGCCGGCGCCGCCGCCGCCAGCCACCCGCAGAGCCCCGGCGCCAUCCCCUUCACCAUCGCCACACAGGCAAACCAGUUCCUGCACUUCAAGAACCGGACGACGGAACUCCGGCCGUCCGGGCGGGGCUCCAUGCUCCGGGAGGAGGACUUCCGGUCCGCCGUCUACUCCAUGGACAUCGGCCAGAACGACAUCACGGUCGCCUUCCUCGCCAACCUCACGCUGCCGGAGAUCGUCGACCCCGACGGCGGCGGCCCGCUCGCCGCCGCCGUCGCCGAGAUCGAGCGCGCCGUGCGGACGCUCCACGGCGCCGGCGGCGCGCGCAAGUUCUGGGUGUACAACACGGGACCCCUGGGCUGCCUGCCGCAGACGCUGGCGCUGCGGCAGAGGCCCGGCGACGAGCUCGACCCCGCCGGCUGCCUUGCCCGCUACAACGCCGCCGCCGCGGCGCUCAACGCCGGCCUCGCCGCCGCGUGCCGCCGGCUGCGCGACGAGCUGCCGGAGGCCACCGUGGUGUGCACCGACAUGUACGCCAUCAAGUAUGACCUCUUCGCCGCGGGGAGCGGCAAGUACGGCUUCGAGCGGCCGCUGAUGGCGUGCUGCGGCCAUGGCGGCCCGCCGUACAACUACGCGAACCUCAAGACGUGCGGGCAGCCGACGGCCACGGCGUGCCCGGAGGGGGAGAGGCACAUCAGCUGGGAUGGCGUGCACUACACAGAGGACGCCAACGCCAUCGUCGCCGACAAGAUACUCUCCGGCGACUUCUCCACGCCGCGCACCAAGCUCGAGGCACUGUGCGAGUGCUAGUUAAUUAGCAAUUUAGCACACAAAAAGACUUGUAAUUGAACAUCAUUUUUUUAAACAAAUAAUAAUGAUACUAGAAGAGCCAGUUCGCUUCCGUA